AUGGUCAUGUCGGGGUUCUUCGCCAAUACGCUGGUGCUGCUGCGGAUGAAGUGGCACAGCCUCACCCACCCCGUCACCGUAACCCGCGACGCCCCCGACCUGGGCUUCUGCUAUGAUCUGCUCAAGGCGGUCUCGCGGUCCUUCGCGGUGGUCAUCGCGCAGCUGACCUGCCCCGCGCUGCGGGACAGCAUCUGCAUCUUCUACCUCACCCUCCGGGCCUUGGACACGAUCGAGGACGACAUGAGUCUCUCCACCAAAGUUAAGCUGGAGCAGCUGAGGAGGUUCAGCAGCCACCUCAAGGACCCCACCUGGCGCCUGACGGAUGUCGGGGAGGGCCGCGAGCGGGAGUUGUUGGAGCAGUUCCCUCGCCUCGUCCGAGAGUAUCGAAAGCUUUCGAAGGAGUUUCAAUCCGUCAUCGCCGAUAUCUGCGAGCGGAUGGCGGACGGCAUGUGCGAAUUCCUCCAGCGCCCAGUCCUUACGCUGGAGGAUUACGAUCUUUAUUGCCAUUACGUCGCCGGGUUGGUGGGGCAUGGGCUGACACAACUUUUCGCCUGCACGGGGUUAGAAAAUCCGUGCUCGGGGGAUACCUUAAUUAACGCAAAUCACAUGGGGCUUUUUUUGCAAAAAACAAAUAUCAUUCGGGACUACUACGAGGAUAUUGUCGAGGAGCCACCGCGAAUGUUUUGGCCGAAGUGUAUUUGGGGCCAGUACGUCGGGGAGUUGAAAGACCUCCAGCGGGCCGACGCGACGGCCCUGCAAUGCUUGAACGCGAUGAUCGCAAACGCUAUGCAGCAUAUUCCUCAUGUGAUCGAAUAUGUCGUCUCCCUCAAAGAUCCCUCCAUCCUUCGCUUUUGCGCGAUCCCGCAGCUGAUGGCCAUCGCCACGCUCUCGAAAGUCUACCACAACACCGACACCUUUAACACUAAAGUUAAAAUAUCUAAACCCGAGUCCUGUCGGAUUAUGCUAGAUUGCAAUAGCGUUUAUGACUUCACGUGUAUGUUCAGCACGUAUUGUGAAAACUUCUUGGGGAAGUUGGUGGAGGACGACCCCAGUACACCAAGAAUUCGUGAAAUUCUGAUCGACGUAAUAAAUUCUCUGGAUGAAUACAAACAUCAGUACCUUCCGACUCCAUAUGCUCGUAGUAUCAUCACUCGCUAUCCAGGUCUUGGUGGACACUUUUUACUUCACACGCUCGAUACAGUCAUCAGCUUUUUGGGUGGUCCGACAAGCUCUCGAGUCGGAAGGAAUAUCCCUCGAAUGCGUUAA